AUGUAUCACAACAAAGACAUAAUAAAUAAACUAGCGAGAGUUAGAAAUAACAUUAAUACCGUUCAAUCCAGGAUCGACUCGACUGAUACCUCCAAUGGCAAUAACACUCAACUCGACUUUCUACCUUCCUUACACUACCUAUCCACCCUAUCCACCCUAUCACAACAACUGCACACCUUCAGAUCUGCAGGUAUUUCAACUUUUCAAGUAAACAUUCAAAAUGGUAAAAGAGAGAAAUCUAGAAAUGACAUCACCCAAAAAGGUUUGGCAGUUAGAAUUGAAGUAUUUACCUCGAAAAAGUACUUGGAGCCUUUCUAUUUGAUCAUGUCUAGGGAAAAAGGCGUUGAAAAUGUUAUAAAUAUCAAUCACCACACUAUACCAAGUUUCAUCGAUAUUGACUCACUUGGUAAACGUUACUUGGGUUGGUCAGAUUACUCUUCUUUUAGCAAAUAUCACAUUCCUUCAUCUAUAAACACUUGGGCUUUCAUCGAAUCUGUCCAACUUCAUCUUACUGCUUUUGCUCAAAGAAGGCUACAAGCUAAUCUAUGCAAACAACAUUUAAAAUUCCUUGGUGAAUCCCUAGAAAUUAUCGCAAACGAUGGUUAUCAGAACAUUCAAUUCGAAUGGGAAAUUAAUCCUCUACGCAUUCAAACUAAUCAAAUUGGUAGGGGUCAAGACCUCGGUAAACUCCCCUACAAACGUAAAGUUAGAGUUCAAAUAGAGUUUACCAAUCUUUGCUUCUCUCAUUUGCACAUUGAACGUCGUCAAAAAGGUGGUCAUAUAUCUGUCGAAAUUAUCCUGAAUUCCCUUCCAAUUAAUAGCAUUAGAGGUUAUGAAUCUAACCCACCUUUUGUCUUUCCACAACAAUUUGAACACCUCUUUUGGUCUCGUGAACAGGCUUCUCAAGUGAACAAUCCUUGGAUGAUGGACUUACAUUUAGGCAUAUCUAAAGUCGUGAAAGCUAUAAAAAAGGGUGACUACGUCGCUCACUUCCCUAAAACUGUUAGAAUUCCCGUUGAAACUCCCCCACAACCUUAUCAAGUUGAAGAUGAUGAAGUCUUGCCAUCUGAACAAUACAAUCAAAGAAUUGAUAGAGUUCAAAAACGCAUUGCCGUUGGCCCUCCUGAAGACGCUCAAGAUAAUCAGCUUUGGCUAGACACCGAACGAGCGUACGAGUCUUUCAGUGAAAGAUGGCAUAAUUUACCUAAAGAUAAGAAGAUUCAAAAGAAUCAAGCUGCAAAUCUCAACAAGUUUGCUCAUAAGUUUGACGCAAAUCUUAGAAAAACCCUUCCAAACCAAAUGAAGGAGGUUAGAAAUAAAGUUAACUCAGCUGAGGAUUCUCGAGCAGAAGACGGAAUUUCUCAUUUCCUUUCGCCUGGUCCAUUGGAGGGGAAGAGAUCACAAGCAUCAGAACAACCGCUAUCUCAUGACAUAACUGCUUCUAGUCUCAAACAAGCUGAAGUCCCAGCAGAGGGUACAAUGAUUGAAGGGAUACCAAUGCAGAACAAACGAAAAGAAACUUCGACUCAAAGAAGUGAGCGCAAAACAAGAACUACUAAAGCACGCAGGACUUCAAUGCAGAAAUAUCUUGACAGGCUUAGAGAAUCUAAAGAGAAGAAAUCCAGUUCAUCGGAAGAAGGCGAAGCGUCUGUACCGGCCAAGAAAGGGUAUAAAACAUCAUCCAAUAUAAGCGAGAGAGGUCCCACACCAUUUAGAUCUCAAUCGCAAUUUCUCCAAGAGCAAGUGAAAAGCUUGAAGAGAAAUCGUAUCAGGAGUGAGAAACAGUCAAUACGUAAUAGAGAACAAAUUCAAGCGACGAAAGAGAGACAGAAAAGCUCUGGUGCAAGAAAUGAAAAAUCCAAAGGUAGAAAGCAGCGGAAACAAUAA